GGGCGACAGUGACGGGACGCCAUUUUGAGGCUCCAGUUUCCAGCUAACAUAGCAGCGAGCCGCAGCGGAGAGGAGGCACGAAGAAGAAGAAGAAGAAAUUCCCGGUGAUCUUGCUGUUUUCAUUCCAGUUUUGGAUACUGAAAAGGUUGCUCUCACGCCGCUCAAAGAAGAAAGAAAAGGGGGGAAAAACGGGUUAUCCGUUUUUUUUGUAUCAGAUUUGGAAGUAGUUCGGACUGACAGCUCGGCAUCACGAUGGCUACCCAGUCUGAUCUGAUGGAGCUGGACAUGGCGAUGGAGCAGGACCGGAAGGCUGCGGUGAGCCACUGGCAGCAGCAGUCUUACCUUGACUCUGGUAUCCACUCUGGAGCCACCACCACAGCACCGUCCCUCUCUGGCAAGGGGAACCCAGAGGACGAGGAGCUGGACAACCAGGUGCUGUAUGAGUGGGAGCAGGGAUUCAGUCAGCCCUUUACACCGGAGCAGGUGGCAGACAUAGAUGGUCAGUACGCCAUGACCCGUGCCCAGCGUGUGCGUGCUGCUAUGUUCCCUGAGACCCUUGACGAGGGCAUGCCGAUCCCCACCACCCAGUUUGACUCCGCUAACCCCACCAAUGUGCAGCGGCUGGCUGAGCCAUCCCAGAUGCUCAAACAUGCCGUGGUGAACCUCAUCAACUACCAGGAUGAUGCCGAACUUGCCACCAGGGCUAUUCCAGAGCUCACCAAGCUCCUCAAUGAUGAAGACCAGGUGGUGGUGAACAAGGCGUCCGUCAUGGUGCAUCAGCUGUCGAAGAAGGAAGCAUCGCGGCACGCCAUUAUGCGCUCCCCUCAGAUGGUGUCCGCCAUCGUGAGGACCAUGCAGAACACGGCUGACGUGGAGACGGCACGCUGCACUGCUGGCACACUGCACAACCUCUCCCACCACCGGGAGGGCCUCCUCGCCAUUUUCAAAUCUGGCGGCAUCCCUGCUCUCGUCAAGAUGCUCGGAUCUCCAGUCGACAGUGUGCUUUUCUACGCAAUCACCACCCUGCACAACCUCCUCCUGCACCAGGAAGGUGCUAAAAUGGCCGUCCGCCUGGCUGGUGGCCUGCAGAAGAUGGUUGCCCUGCUGAACAAGACCAAUGUUAAAUUCCUGGCCAUCACCACAGACUGUCUACAGAUCCUGGCCUACGGCAACCAGGAGAGCAAGUUGAUCAUCUUGGCUAGCGGCGGCCCUCAGGCUCUGGUCAACAUCAUGAGGACCUACACAUACGAAAAGCUACUGUGGACAACCAGCCGUGUUCUCAAAGUGCUGUCCGUUUGCUCCAGUAACAAACCUGCCAUUGUGGAGGCUGGAGGCAUGCAGGCUCUUGGCCUUCACCUGACCGACCCCAGUCAGCGACUGGUACAGAACUGCCUCUGGACCCUCAGAAACCUGUCGGACGCUGCCACCAAGCAGGAGGGUAUGGAAGGCCUGCUGGGCACCCUGGUCCAGCUGCUUGGCUCAGAUGACAUCAAUGUGGUGACCUGCGCUGCUGGCAUCCUGUCCAACCUUACCUGCAACAACUACAAGAACAAAAUGAUGGUGUGCCAGGUCGGUGGCAUCGAGUCGCUCGUGCGCACUGUGCUCCGAGCCGGAGACCGUGAGGACAUCACCGAGCCGGCUGUGUGCGCCCUCCGCCAUCUCACUUCCAGACACCAGGAUGCUGAAAUGGCCCAGAAUGCUGUGCGCCUGCACUACGGCCUUCCUGUUGUGGUCAAACUGCUGCACCCACCCUCACACUGGCCUCUUAUUAAGGCCACAGUUGGUCUGAUCCGUAACCUGGCGCUAUGUCCAGCCAAUCACGCCCCGCUGCGUGAGCAGGGUGCCAUACCCCGAUUAGUCCAGCUGCUCGUGAGGGCACACCAGGACACCCAGAGACGCACAUCCAUGGGAGGCACACAGCAACAGUUUGUGGAGGGUGUUCGAAUGGAGGAGAUCGUAGAGGGCUGCACUGGCGCGCUCCACAUCUUGGCCAGAGAUGUGCACAACAGAAUUGUUAUCCGAGGACUCAACACCAUCCCUCUGUUUGUUCAGUUGCUGUACUCUCCGAUCGAAAACAUCCAGCGUGUGGCGGCCGGCGUGCUGUGUGAACUGGCGCAGGACAAGGAAGCGGCCGAGGCUAUCGAAGCCGAGGGAGCCACUGCGCCCCUCACUGAACUGCUGCACUCCAGGAACGAGGGAGUGGCUACAUAUGCGGCAGCUGUGCUGUUUCGCAUGUCUGAGGAUAAACCUCAGGACUACAAGAAGCGUCUAUCCGUUGAGCUGACCAGCUCUCUCUUCAGAACAGAGCCCAUGGCCUGGAAUGAGACUGCUGAUAUGGGUCUGGAUAUAGGAGCUCAGGGAGAGCCUGUUGGAUACAGACCAGACGACCCCAGCUACCGCUCUUUCCACUCGGGCUAUGGUCAGGACGGGCUGGGCAUGGAUGGCAUACUGGAACAUGAGCUGGCUGGCCACCAUCCUGGAGCAGAGUACCCAGUGGAGGGGCUUCCUGACCUCGGCCACAGCCACGACCUGAUGGACGGCCUUCCUCCCACAGACUCCAAUCAGCUGGCCUGGUUCGACACGGACCUCUAAACACAUUCUCUCACACACACAGUCUGCAAGUAGAGAAGCUGUAUUGUGUGAAUGAAUCUGCAUUGUGAUAUUUGCCUAAGGAGUCGUGGAAGGGUUGCGGUGGGUGGGCGAGCAUAUCGGAAAGUGCCUGACACAAUGCGCACACACAAACACACACACACACACACACACCUACACCUGUUGGAGAUGAGAGGGAGUUUUCUACGAGGAACAAGAGGAAGGGAAGCCAAUCUCCCCACCCCUUUUUUGUUAUUGUUAUUAUUCUGGACUUUUUUUUUUUUUUUUUGGCCCUGAUGGAGGAAGGAAAGUCGAGAGGGAUUUUGGGAGCGGUUGCUUUUUAAGACUGGAGAAGGAAGGUCUAAAGAUGGAACUGUAAACCUUUUUUUUUUUCCUUUUUUUUUUUAUAUAUAUAAAGAUGAUCAGUCUAUGGUACUGACCCUCCUAGCUUGGUUUUGACCUCUAGUAUGUAUUCAUCCCCCCCCCCACACUAUUUUUAUUUUAUUUUGUUUCAGCGGUAAUUUGUAUUUCCUUUUUAUGUCUUCUGUAGUUUUGAGUUAUAGUGGACUUGCCUCAUUUUGCUUUCUGAAAUCUUUCUCACGUAAAUGGUGUCGAACACUAAUAAUCGGUUUCUAUGUAAUCUGACUGAAAAGUGUAACGAUGUGUAGCUUUAUUUUUUUUUUUAUUAUUUUUUUUUUUAUACGAUCAGCUGUUAAACCUUGGAGUAUUGGGGUGGGAGAAAUAUAUGCAUUCUUAUUAAAGACAAAAAAAAAAAAAAAAAAAGUACGCCAACAGAGGCGCUUUUCAGUGUCACAGUUGUUCCAAAUAAGGUGUGGGGUGAAAUAUGGAGAGUUUAGGGGGGGGCACGGGCUUGACAAAGAUCUUUGUGCUUUUUUUUUUUUUUUUUAUUUUAUUUUUUUUUUAAAAAUGCUAUCUCGAGGUAGUCUCUAUUGAAGCGACGUCAUUGUUUUUGUUUGCCUGUGCAGCUUCUUUUGGGAACAUGGAUAAUGCCAUAGCUAAACAAUAAAAGACUUUUAUUCCA